AUUUUCAUUCACAUUUUACUGAAAUACUCAAACGAAAGGAGACGUGAUUUUGCAUUGAGCGAAAGUGACUUAGCAAAGUUUUUGUGUUCCAUCAAAUAGUAUUGUCUGAAAGGACACGAAUAUAAUUCUCGACGAAAAUAUUAAAUUAUUGUGCUGUGAUCCUGUGAUAAUUUCGAUUACUCGUAGGUACGAUGGAGACGAAAAUCGUUUUAGAAUUACUUUUUAUUGGCACGUUAAUCGCCUGCAGUUGUGCGCUGACCAUUCGAGAUUUUGGUUCCAAUGAACUGAAUGAUGUCGAACCGGAUCACAAAGAUUAUCCAGCUGUUGCUCGCUAUGUUGUACACAAAUCAGAAUGGGCAUCGAUGGGAACGUUAUCUACUUUGAAGAGCAUCAAUGGUUUUCCCAUGGUUAACAUUAUAUCGGUUGCCGAUAGCGGCAGAGACGAACCAUCAACCGGUCGUAUUUAUUUCUAUUUAACGGAUUUGGAUUACACCGGACAGGAUUUGAUGAAAAACAAUAAACUGACCGUUCUGUUCUCAAAUGACCAAGACCUGGCAUGUACGAAAAAGGGUAUUGACCCAAUGGAACCGACCUGCGCUCGGAUCAUGAUAUCUGGAGAAGCGGAUAAGUUGGAUGUGAAUUCCGAUGAAUUCAAAUCUGCGAAUCGAUCGUUCAUCAGCCGGCACCCCGCAGCCACCAAUUGGAUCGCAACACACACUUUUUAUUUGUGUAAACUCGAGAUUGAACAAAUUGUGGUUUUGGACUGGUAUGGCGGUCCUCAUUAUGUUUCAGUAGAAGACUAUUACAACGCCAAUCCAGCGACGAAUGGUUUCCUUAAUUAUGGACGUUCCGUAAAUGCUGUGGCAUUAGCAGAAGAUCAUCACGAGACAAGUUCCAACAGCAUCGACAGUACAAAUACAAGAAGUCGAAACGAUGAAAGAAUCAAAAUUCGAAUUCAGAAAGGCAGCGACGCGUCCGUCACUAUUGAAUUGUAACUAAAUUAAUCGCUUUGAAUGUUGUAAUCGCAACACACUCCUAUUAAACAUUGUGAUAUCUUC